AUGUAUAGCCCAAGCGCCCUAUCUAUCAAAACUCCAUCAGCUAUUUACUGUUCUGGCCAAGUCCACCUCACUUCCGACGGUGUCUUAAUUGAUGGUUCUAUUGCUGAGAAGACAAGAAAAUGCUGUGAAAAUAUUGAGGCGAUUUUAAAAGCGGCAGAUUCGUCGCUUUCUAACGUUGUAAAAACCACAGUUUUCAUCUCCGACGUUGGAUAUUUUGCGGAAAUGAAUGCCGAAUAUGAAAAGUGGUUUUCUCACAAACCUGCGCGCAGCUGUGUUGUAGUUAAAGGGCUUCCGUUAAAUGCUAGCGUUGAGAUUGAAGUAAUUGCGCUGCCUUGA